AGAAGGUUUGUUGUUCCGGUGAGAAGAAGAAGAAAGAUGGCUACAGCUAAUGUUUGCUAGCAGGUGGAUAAAUGUUUCACUCUUUCUCUCCGAGCGCGAAACAACGUCACUAACCGCGCGAAACAACGUCACUAACCGCGCGAAACAACGUCACUAACCGCGCGAAACAACGUCACUAACCGCGCGAAACAACGUCACUAACCGCGAAACAACGUCACUAACCGCCGGUGUACCGACAGCGCGAGGACUCAGGCGUUAACUAAUCCCCGCAGUUUGUAACUACAGCCGUUAAUCAACCAGUUUAUAGUGCGUGCGUGUGUGUGUGUGUGUGUGUGUGUGUGUGCGUGUGUGCGUGUGUGUGUGUGUGUGUGUGUGUGUGUGAGAGAGAGAGAGAGAGAGUGUGUGUGCGGUCAACUGUCCGACCCUUCAGCCUCAGGGAGGAUUGUGGGAACAGGAGUUAUUAUGGCGGCUCCAGUGAACAUCCAGACUCCCAGUAAGACCUGGGAGCUCAGUCUGUACGAGCUUCACAGGAGCCCUCAGGAGGCGAUCAUGGACGGGACGGAGGUGGCGGUGUCUCCUCGCUCUCUGCACAGCGAGCUCAUGUGUCCGAUCUGUCUGGACAUGCUGAAGAACACCAUGACGACCAAAGAGUGUCUGCACCGCUUCUGCUCCGACUGCAUCGUCACGGCGCUGCGAUCGGGGAACAAAGAGUGUCCGACCUGCAGGAAGAAGCUGGUCUCGAGGCGUUCGCUGCGACGGGACUCGAACUUCGACGCGCUGAUCUCGAAGAUCUACCCGAGCCGGGACGAGUACGAGGCCCACCAGCGCCGCGUCCUGGAGCGACUCAACAGGCUGCACAACAAGGAGGCGCUGAGCUCCAGCAUCGAGGAGGGGCUCCGGCAGCAGGCCCGCUACAGGUCCGAGAGGAACCACCGGGCCAAGAAGCCGACUCAGGAGAGCGACAACACCACCUUCAGCGGCGGGGAGGACAACGGUGACGCCCGCUCCCACCUGUCUCACGACUCCGCCCCCUCGCACACCCCUCACCGCCCGGGCCAGACGCCCUCGGAGGCCGGGCCGAGCCGCAAGCGCCCGCGGGCGUCCGACGAUGGCUCGGGGCCCGAGGCGGACAGCGGCAGCCCCACACCUCCGCUGAGACGCCACAAAGAGGGGCCGGGCUCCGAGAUCGAGCUGGUGUUCAGACCGCACCCGCAGCUCGUCCACGACCAGGACUACAACCAGACCAGGUUUGUGAAGACGACCGCCAACGCCACAGUGGACCACCUGUCUAAAUACCUCGCCCUGCGCAUCGCUCUGGAGGACGGACAGACCAACGGGGAGCCGGAGGACAGAGGACGGGAGGAGGGAGGAGGAGGAGGAGGAGAAACAGGAAGUGGAGAAGGGUCGAGUCUGAGCAGCGUCAGUGAGAAACAGUACACCAUCUACAUCAUGACGAGAGGAGGACAGUUCUCCGUAAACACCUCUGCAGCAGCAAAGACGCUGAACGGCUCUCUGACUCUGGAGCUGGUCAACGAGAAGUACUGGAAGGUCCGGAAGCCUCUGGAGCUUUACUACGCCCCGACCAAGGAGCAGCAGCAACCGGCACAGCAGCCUCAACAGAAGUCUCCUCCUCCUCCACCACCUCCUCCUCCUCCACCACCACCUCUUCCUCCUCAGAGGGAGGCGUGAGUUGGAGACGCUCACCGCUUCAACCACACGUCUCCGCCUGAAGGUCAAAGUUCACCCAUUUCCAAACGUACCGACGUUAACGGUUGUUUGAAGAGUGAAAUCUGACCUGAGAUCAGCAGCCGGUAAACGUCUGUACUGAAGAUCUGGGAUCAGAAACCUGGAGGCACCAGUAGGAUCUCUUUCCUCUCUGGCUUUAUUAUCUUAUUACUUAUAAAUAUUAAAAUCUGUGCAGAGUCUGCUGCGGCCUCGAGCUGCUCCGAUCGGCAGGUUUCACUUUUAUUACUUUUAUUUAUUCCUCCUAAGAACAGAUAGAAAUAUUGGAGCACAUUUCAGACAGGAACUAUUAAAAUUCAAUUAAAUAUGUCGUCAAAUUUAAACGUUUUAAGUAACAAUUUCUAAACUGGGAUAAUCUUAGAAUAGUAUGUUUUUCUGCAGGUUACAUUUAAGACUUUAUUAAUGAAAUUUAAGACCUAUUUUAUGUCCAUGACGGCAGAAAAAUAAAUAAAAACCACUAAAGAUAUGACGGAUAAUCGAUAUUGGUUCCGUAUCGGUUUGGUUUUGUAGUUAAAGCACGAUCAAUACAGAUCUUUCCCCAAAAAAACACAUUUAAAAGAUAAAAACAAAUACAACUUUAAACUACUAACGUGUGAAAUAAUGUUUUUUAUUUAUUUUACUUUAUUUUGGGACCAGUUUAUAUUCCAGCAGGACAAAGGCGGCUUUAUUUACCGCCUGUAGACUUUUUAUAAAAUUUAAAAUUAAGAAUUAAAUUAAAAGAAUGAACUCAAGAGUCUCCAUAUCGGGGAGACAAAUAUUUGAAUCCAUCUGUAAUGUUUAAAUAUUUAAGGCCUAAAAUUGAGAUUAUCGGGUAAAUUAGCGUCUCAUCAUUUUAAAUUCUGUCCGAUAUGUGAAAGUUAUUUUCUCCAUAAAUAUCACCAAAGAUGUAAAGUCUAAUAAUCUGAACAUUUACUUCACUUUAGUUCACUGAAGUUAAUAGAAGCUCGUUUCUGAGGAGAAAAAAGAUCCUGUAAGUAAUUAUAGAGAAACUUUAUUUAAAGUUUCUCGUUAUAAUUACUAACAGGAUCUUUUUAUUUCCCGUCACAUUGGCAGAAAUUAGCUUCCGUAGCAGUUUAUUGAUCUCGUUUGACUUCAGAAAUAAUCUGAAUAAUAAAGAAACGUCUCCGUCUUUCUUUUUUUCUUUCUUUGAUUUCAUUUCACGACUGAAGCGCUGUGCUGCGUUCGCUGGUCACGGAACCAGUGUGGGACCUCUCGGCACUGAUGAAUAAUAAGUCAUUACUUCUUUAAACGCACCAUCGCUUGUUCAAGCUGCUUAUUCUGCUUUAAGGGCUGUGGAGGAGAUAGAGCCUAUCCCAGAAUGCACUGGGGUAAGACAGGGUGAAUAUACAUCUGCUAUAUUUUACAAUAAACAAUUUUCUUAUUUUCCCGCCUCUCGAGAUGUAGCUGUUUGACCCUCUUGACCUCCUGUAAAGUGUUUUAUUAUUAGUAGGUCUGCAUUAAUCACAGGGAGAUCGCCGCUCAUGAAGCCAUAAACCUCCACUUUCUGUCUUUAUGCACUUUAUAGUUCCUGCAGCCAUAUUCAGUUUUUAUGGAAUAUUUGUAUAUUAAGAACAAUUUAUGAUGAAUAUUUCCUUUUUCUUCUGUUGGAUAAUAAUUAACUCUUCUGUCAGCACAAUAAAAUCAAUAAUCUCA